UUAAUCGACACUAUCGAUAGUGCCUAUCCGGCCGAUAGCUAAAAAAAAAACAAAAAAAAAACAUAAAAACAUAAACAUAAACAAACACAAGCACAAGGAGCUAGUCAAACACAAUGGGUUUUCCGCGCAUUCUCAGCAAAAACAAUAAGAUCUACACCAAGCUGGGCGAGUUCUGUUUGUCAGGGGAUAGCUUCUGGAUUGUUUGUCACACGUGCCAAGAGGAGCUGCAGACGCAGGAUCAGUUCUGGAAGCACAUACAAGAUGAGCACAAUUUCUUGCACGGGGUGGCCAAGGAGCACAGUCGUACAUCCAGCUACUGCUUAACGGAUGUGGAGGCUGCGGCGGCAGCAGCAACGCCAGGAAGCAGCUCCCAGCAAGGCGCCACGGCGGUCAGUGUACCACUGGCCCUUUACACCUGCUCCACCAAGUACUCUGACGAGGAGCAGCGGGAGGUGGAGCUGCACGAGCAGCAGGUUCAAGUUCAACAGCAGGUGCAUCAGCAAGUACAGCAACAGCAAGCGCAGCAACAACAACAACAGCAGUCUCAGCAGCAGCACGCGCAUCAGCAACACCAGGUUCAACAGCAACAGCAGGCCCACCAGCAGCUCCAACAGCAGCGGGAUGUAGCCAAAGAGCUGGCGGAACUCCAUGCCAAUGCAGUGGCUGCCGCUGCAGCUGCCGCAACUGUGGUAUCCACUGGCGAGGGAACUUCCCGAAGCAACAGUGCCAUCGACAUCAAAAUAGAGCCCAGCAGUCUGACACUAACCCCAGAAAUGCAGGCUGCUGCAGCAGCUGGCGGGACCAUUUACCAUCUGCCACAGCUAGUGCCGCCACCUGUACCGCCUCCGCCGCCCUCGUCCGGGUUUGUAAGCGUCAGCGCCAGUACCAGCACCUCCAAUACGGUCAGCACCACGCCACCCAAUGUGCUACAGCAGCAACAGCAACUAAAUAUGUCUAUCGCUCCCUCGACGGCUAUGGCCGCCGCUAUGCUGGCUGCCAGUCAGGAACAGCUGCCCAAGGACUCUAACAGCACGACGGCCAGCGCCGGGAGUGCUGUCUCUUCAGAUGACGGAGAACGCUGGUACGUUUGCGACUACGAGACUUGUGGUUUGAAGUUUAAAUAUAAGUCUAGGAUGGAGCUGCAUCGGGUAGUUCACAGCAAGGAGCGCCGGUUCAAUUGCGAACUUUGCAGUGCCUCCUUCAAGCAGUCAUGCAACCUCUCCACGCAUCGGAAAAAAAAGCACGCGCUGAGAGGCAUCAAAAGCGAGAUAUUGCCACAGCGCUUUUAAGUUAUUGAAUAAACAACCCCAGCUUAAAAAUUCCCCGUUAUAAUGUUAGGAACUGUAAGAAAGCCUGUUCGAAAAUGUUGACUUAAGUUCAAGAAAUUCGCUUGCUUGCCACACAAAACGUACAUUGUUCUAGAAGCCGCAAAAAUAUGUGGAAUUGGCAAGGUUUGUGCCACAUAAUUUUAACUUUUUCAUCUUGCAUAAUUGCUCUGCUUUUUCUAAGUCUCAAUAAAGUUAUGGGCUUGGUAAUGGUUAAAGCUUGUAUUUAAAAGGUUUUUUUGUAAUGAACCUAAAAGAAUUCUGACUUUAAAAUUAAAUUUAGCACUGUGUCAAUCCUGUGGCAGGCAAUUGAAAUAUAGAAAUGGCGUAUAUGUUAUAUAUAUAUAUUACUACUCUACAAAUGUAAUAUUUAUAUAUAUUGUAUAUAAUUAUAUAUAAAAUACAAAUAUAUAUGACAUGAAUACAUAAUUAUAUACUUAUACUUACAUGAAUUAUAUACUUAUAUGUAAUGUAGGUUUAGAUUGUCUUGUAAAUGAAAUGUAAAUGUUUAAGCGAGGUUAUGUUAACCUCCCGUUGUCUUUACGCUCUAAGUGUUCAUGCAAUCAUUUAUAUACAGAGGAGACCCAAAAAUCUUUUGAGAUUUUCGGGUCGGUUUUAAAUCCAACCAAAAAAUCCAGACCGUUGGCGGUUUUGUUUCAGAGUAAAUUGGUUCAAAAUGUG